AUGUUUACUCCCAUUGUGGGAUAUAACAGUUUGCACUACACUUACUACAGCCUUGUGCAGGGUCUGGCCUCUUUGUUCUCCGACGCCCUCAGCAAUAGCGUUUGUCUUCGUCAAGCCUAUACCACCGUCAUUCAGAACAUCUUUCGACUCCACACUUUGGCCAGACAGUCAACUUCACAACUCUCUGAAAUGGAAGUCGUCCGACCAGCCUUAGUUGCUGGGUCUGUCGGCUGCCCCUGGCAAAGUCCUCGGUUCACUCGAAAGAGCUCUAUUGUGACGGCGCCUCAACUUAGUCUGGGAAGUCUGAUUCGUGCCGAGGUAAAUGCUGCCAAGCACCUCGCUCCCGACUCGGCCUUUAAUACGGUUAUCCUGCUUGCCAGGUAA